CAUAAUUCUGCAUGCAAGUGCUCCACUUUGCACUGGCCAGCAAAACGCUGUUUUUGGGAGCCAGGAACCUGUUGACGUCUACAGGAACAACACGAGGUGGAAGUGGAAAGGAAGGAAUAGCUGCGGCUUUGACAUCAUGGCAGCCCGAGCGCUGCGAAAGAUGGGUCGCACGCAGCUGCAGGAGUUUGUGCAGAGCAUCGCGCGUGCGCUGGGGCCCCGAGGCAGGAUGAUCAAUGUCGAAGGUGGAUCUGAGGGGGGGCUCAGUGAGAGCGACCUGAGAAGGGAUCGGAUCGAGCGGUCAGUGAACGCUAGCAGCUCGGCAAAUGGAAACCAGGCGGAGUUUCCACUUGAAGCGGAUGCUGGUGGUGUGAACGGGCCUGUCAGCAGAAGAGAGGCCGCCAGGGCCAAGCGGAUGAGGAAGCAGGUGCAGUAUAUGGAGAGCGUCCUCCAUGUGACUGGGACCGCUGUCUCUGUGGAGGCGCCAGAUGGCGAGAGAAGGCGAUCGGGGCGAGUUGUGCUUCUAGAUCCAGCUGUGGAGCCUGAACAUUUACAGCAAGCAGGAGUGGUGGCAAUCAUUGGCCAGGAUCCAGAGAGCUUGGUGCCAGUCACAGGGAGUGGGGAACGAGCAGCAAGGAGAAGAGUGGUGCCACUGGAGACAACUAGAGCGGGGGUGUCGGACAGCAUCCUCAAGGGCCACUUUCACCUGCCCCCUCCAUGGGGAGCCGGCACUGCUCGGCCGCUGCAUCGGAAGGAGUACUCUACACGCGCUUUUACAAGGGUUGCAUUGCUGCAACCUGCUGACAUCACAGGCAUCCCAUUGCUUCUAGAACAACCACCACUAGGCUUAGUUCAGCUUAGGGGUCUGGCUGCGAAAGCCAAGCGGGACAAGAAAGCGAAAUCUGGCAAGGGUUCGAAAGUAGUCUGGAAUCAGGAUGAGGAUACGGGGGAGGCGAUUGAGGUUGGAGGGAGUGGUGGAAGGGAUGUGGCGAGAGCGGAGCCUGACUUUGACGUGGAGGAGAAGAUGGAGGCGGCCUUAGUGGCGCUGCAGAGAGAAUUUGGCAAGCUGCGCACAGGAAGGGCAUCACCUGACAUGCUUGACCAUGUUAUGGUGGAAUCCUACGGAUCGCGCACGCCCCUGAAUCGCGUCGGAACGGUGUCCGUCCUGUCGCCUCAGAUGCUCUCCAUCACACCUUUCGACCAAAGCUUGCUCAAAGCCAUCGAGAAGGGGGUGCGGGCAUCUCCUAUGGAGCUGAACCCCAAGCCUGAGGGAACUGCAGUGCUAGUCCCGGUCCCCACUCUGACCCAGGAGGUGCGCCAAAACAUGAUCAAGGUUAUCACUAAGGCUGGAGAAGCUGCCAAGCUGAGCGUGAGAAGAGCCCGGAAGGACGCCUUGGACUCGAUCGGCAAGAAAGAAGAGGGCAUGCCUAUCGACGAGGUCAAGCGACAAGAGAAGAAGGUCGACGAGCUGACGAAGCUCUAUGUCAAGCGGGUUGACGAAGCAUGUCGAUCAAAAGGAAAGGAUAUUCUGGAAGGCUAGGGUAGACUUCUCGAUUAUAUGCUUGUUCAAGAAAACGUGGGGCACACUUGGAGAAGAAGCGUCUCAUCACAGAUCAUGGCGGUUUAGCUUCUUUUUACCGGCCUGGUAUUCAAUCCGGUUUGACUGGUCGGGUGAUGGCAACCGUCAUGUUCGGAGCAUCUCGAAAGACUGCUUUGACUUUCGAGACCCUGAUUCGUUUAGUAAAUGUUGGCCAGUGGCUUAUGAAGCGCCGGGUUGGUGCAUAGUUGAUAAUGUCUGAGGG